UAAAAUCCUUUUCUGCUCUAAAUCCAAUGCUAUGACAUCAUCCUGGGUUUAUAGGAAAGGUUACCACCUAUAAUUCUUGAAAGUGUAUUUUCAGGCAGGUCAGAAGCCAGAGCUGCAGACCAACCUCAAAUUUGAAAAUAACUGACUUCCUCUUUCUAUAUCCUGCCUGAAGCUGGGCCAGAAAUGUUCUCCAGAAUGAGGAUGGGUGUAGAGGAAGCCCUACGGGAACUUAUUAGCAGAAAGGUGCUCCAGCAGAGGACAAUUGGGAAGCCAGGGAGUUAUGGAAGCUUGGAGUCCUUCCCCACUCUCCAGGGAGUGGCUGAUCCCCAGCUUCCAGGGAUCUGCUUGAUAGUGAUGUGCAUUCAGCCCCAGCUACAAUUUAUUCUCAUGGAAAAUGCUAUAAACAGGAGUGAAGAGGAGGUCUCAGGAUAUGACUUGAAUGUCUGUGCCCUAAUUCACACAUCCAUCUGUCAUCUGUCAGUCGCCAUCUUUCAUAACAGUAUUAUGAAGCCCCACAGGAAGAAUGGACAAACAGGAAGUGUAAGGGACUUUGUAGAGACAGAAUAAUCACAAGAUCUUGCAUAGCUGGGUGGCCAUCGGGAGAGAUCUGUCUAGAUCUCCUCCGGGAAGAGAAUGAGGUUGAGACAAGUAAUGGGGGUCUCAUUGAGCCAACCUACACCACCAGACCUGGGGGUCAUACUUCUUCCGCUUCUCCUCCUGCUUCAGCUGGAUCCUAUGAAGGCUAUGGAGAAUCAAGCUCAAAUUCAAGAGACAGGAAACGAUUUCUGUUCUGAUGAAAACUUACGUCCAUCUUCAUAUGCAGCCUCUCAGUGCUUUCUUUCAUGUAACAGAAGUACUCCAAAGUGUAAGCCUGAGGUGGUAGAAAGAUUCUGGAUAAAGAAGGAGGAAGAAUUGGCUAAUGAAACAUCAGCAGUGCGUUUGUUGGAUGAGUCCACAGUGAAGGCGAUCGUCUAUGAUGUCCUUGUCAACAGUUCCCAAGAUCUCUCUAUCAACAUCUCACCACUUCAGGUGCCAUCGGUACUGGAUGGGACCGAGAGAGAAGUACCCAACAAAGUCCACCUCCCCAGAAGCCUAUUUAAAAGACUGAGUCCAAAAAUGAACUCCGUUCGAGUUAUCCUGAUGGUCAUCAACAUUGGAGAAGGGGAAAUAUUCAAGGGCUCAACCACUGGGCAGAAAUUCAGCAGCUCUGUGCUGGACAAUCGCAUGGUGGGCAUUCGGGUUGGAACUGAGCCCAUCAAGGAUCUAGAGGAACCUGUGGAGAUCACCUUUUCCCACAAUCAGCAGCACCAGAACCUACAAUGCGUGUUCUGGGAUAUCAGUCAAGGUAUAACUGGAGACUGGAAAACCACAGGUUGUUCCACAGAGCUGAGGAUCAACCAGACUGUCUGCCGCUGUGACCACCUGACCUUCUUUGCCCUGUUACUGAACCCAGUCCUUGAUGCUACCACAGUGAAAGCUCUGAUUCGAAUCUCUCUUGUUGGCUGUGGCACAUCCCUGUGCUUCUUGUUAUUCACCAUAAUCCUCUAUUUUGCCCUGAGAUUCACAAGGGAGAGGUUCAAGUCAGAAGAUGCCCCCAAAAUCCACGUGGCCCUUUGCAUCAGUUUGGUCCUUCUGAAUUUCACCUUCAUCAUCAACCUAGAGCACACCCACCCAGAGCAAAGAGCCCCCUGCCGGGCACAAGGAGGGAUCUUCCAUUACUUCCUGCUCUGUUGUUUCACCUGGAUGGGUAUUGAGGCCUUCCACCUGUACCUGCUGGCUAUCAAGAUCUUCAAUAUAUACAUAAGCCACUACUUCCUGAAACUCAAUCUGGUGGGCUGGGGACUUCCCUUCUUAGUGGUCCUCAUCACUGGAAGCACCAGCAGCUAUGGGCACUACGCCAUCAAGGAUGCGGCUAACCAUACUACCUUGCAGCUGUGCUGGAUAAAGAACACAACAGCCCUGUACAUCACAGUCCACGGCUACUUCAUUGUCGUCUUCCUCUUCGGUGGCGUGGUUCUGAGUCUGGUGGCUUGGAAGAUUUUCCACCUUCGAGGUUCCAAGGCAGGCAAGGAGCAGAACCAAACCUGGAAGGGGGUCAUCACCGUGCUCGGCCUCUCCUGUUUGGUGGGGGGAACGUGGGGGCUGAUCCUCCUCACCCCACUUGGUGUGACUACCAUCUAUGCCUUCACACUACUCAACUCUCUCCAAGGUGUUUUCAUCUUCGCUUGGUUUGCCAUCCUUUUCUACCCAAGUCUAAGUGGGGAGUCUUCUUCCAGUACUGCCAAGUCAAAUCCCAGCAAUUCUGCAUCCAGGGAGUAGGCAGAUCCCUGCCUCUUUCAGCACUGGUGUGAGGAGGAACUGGUACCAGCUUGUGAAUGUGAUGGCUGAGGGGAGACCCAGGACUGGGCAGAAUGUACUAAUCCCACCCUAGAUUUCUGAACUCCAGCACUCGAGUCUAGUCUGAUUCUCCUCCAAAUGGAAAAGGAGUCUUGUGAUGGCGGACUGGCUAACUCUAAAAGCCGUGAAGGGGAUGAGGUGGAUCUUUGGUGCUCUCUUUACCUCUCCUUUUGAGACCAUGCUUGUUCUCAUCCUAUCCAUUUGCCCUUGACCCAAAUCCCACCAACCUUGACCAAUUCCCAGAAAUCCCCUCAGACGAUCUUAAAUCUUGAAGGAAUUUUAGUGAUCAUCUAUAGUCUAAAGGUUCUCCGUCUUUUUUAUGUGUAUCAUAGACCUCUUUGGUAGUCUGAUGGAACUCCUCAGAAAAGCAUUAUUAAAUGCAUAAAUAAAAUAUAUUACAAAGGAAACCAAUUAUAUUGAAAUUUAGGCAUCAAUUUUUUUGAAGUUCAGAGACCCCAAAGAACACCUCUAAGUCUAACAGCCUCAUCUCUACUCUGUUAUUUUAUCAGUGAGAAAAUGAGGCCCAAGGUCACACAGCUUAGUUAAGGGCACAACCAGAAUACAACCGGGGGAUCCUGAGACCCGAUCCAGUGGUCUUUCUACCAUAUCUUCAGAACUUACCUGUUCUUAUACCCAUAGGGCCCUGAAGUUAGCUAGCUGAUAAAAUAAAAAAAAAAACAUCUCAACUAAUAAUACAUUCUCUCUCAGGGACACUUGUCUUUUAAGAGAAGGCUCUUAAAGACCAAAAGGCCUUAACUCAAAGGAAUCUAAUGCCAAAGCCUUAAUCAGUGGGGCUAGCAGAUGGGUGGGAUAUUUGGGGGAUGGGGUGCAAUAUCCUUCAACUCACACCCCCUAACCAGCCUCCUAUUCUAGCAACUUCUAAGGGCCACUUCACUACCAUGUCAAUAUGUAUGGCCUAAUUGAGCCAAACCUAGAUUAAGGAUUUCCCAGUUCCUUCUCGUCUCCAUCUUUCUCAUGUUGGAUACAACAUGACUUUGUGGGAGUUUGCGCUGAUUUGUAGUGGAGGGAAGAAGUUAGGUGGGGAAGUUAAGAGCACCAGGUUGAAGUCCCUGGCCAGCCUUGGCAGGUCAUGGAGCCCUGGGAGAGUAGCUGUUGGCUUUUUUAUUUCCCAGGAUAAGUCUUGCUAUCCAAAGCCCCAAGGAGAACUUCAGAUCUUGACCCCCUGUCCUGUGACUACUUUUCCUAUUCUUAGAGGAAGAUGCUCAGAGGAAGAGAGGGUUUUGUUUCUGUGCCCAGAAGAGUAGGAUGAAUAUAAUACAAUAAACAUUUAUGAAAUGCCUCCUGUUUGUAGAGCCAUGGGCUGAGCACUGAAGAAGAUGUCAACUCUCUGCCUCAGGAUACUUACAACUUGAGUUCAGCAAAAUAGAUCAAAUUCUACUUUCUUCUUAUUUUAUAUGAAUCUUCAGCUGGCUUCUAACUCAAUUCCUUCCUUGGUCAAAUAGUUAAUAAUUUUCAAUUAUAACAUUUAUAUGCCAUGUUAAGAAUUGCAAAACCCUUUAUGAGUUAUCUCAUUUGAGCCUCACCACUACCCUAAGAGAAAUGUAUUAUUAGUAUCUCCAUUUUACAGAUGAGGAAAUGGAAGCUGGCAGAGUUUAAAUGACUUGCCCAGAGUCACACAGCUAAUAAGUAUUUAAGAUAGAAAUUGAACUCAGGUUUUCACAAUUCCAACUCCUCCCCUUCAUGCAGCUGCCAAUAUAAUUUUUUUUUAAAUAGAGAGCUGCCCAUGUUACUCCCUUGCUCAAAAAUAAUGAAUGAAAUAGUUAAAGUAUAUGAACAGACAAUUCUCAGAUGAAGAAAUUAAAACCAUGUCUAGUCAUAUAAAAAAAAGUUCUAAAUCACUAUUGAUUAGAGAAAUGCAAAAUUAAAAAACUCAUAUCUCUCCAAUUGGCUAAGACGACAGGAAAAGAUAACGAUGAAUGUUGGAGGGGAUGUGGGAAAACUGGGACACUGAUAGAUUGUUGGUAAAGUUGUGAACUGAUACAACCAUUCGGGAGAGCAAUUUGGAACUAUGCCCAAAAGGUUAUCAAAAUGUGCAUAUCCAUUGAUCAAACAGUGUUUCUAAUGGGCCAGUAUCCCAAAGAGAUCAUAAAAAGGGAAAAGGACCCACAUGUGCAAAAAUGUUUGUAGCAACCCUUUUUGUAGUGGCCAGAAACUGGAAACUGAGUGGAUUUCCAUCAAUUGGGGAAUGGCUGAAUAAAUUAUGGUAUAUGAAUGUUGUGGAAUAUAUGACUGUUCUAUAAGAAAUGUCCAGCAGGAUAAUUUCAGAAAGGCCUGGAGAGACUGACAGGAACUGAUGCUGCAUGAAAUGAACAGGACCAGAAGAUCAUUGUACAUGGCAACAACAAGAUUAUAUGACGAUCCAUUCCGACAAUCAUGGCUCUCAUCAAUAUGGUCUUGUGUUGAAAAGAACCAUCUGUAGCCAGAGAGAGAACACUGUGGGGACUGAGCAUGGAUCGCAACAUAGUAUUUUUACUUUUUUAUUGUUUGCUUGCUUUUGUUUUCUCUGCCAUUUCUUCCCCUUUUUUGGUCUAAUUUUUCUUGUGCAGCAUAAUUGUGAAAAUAUGUAUAAAAGAACUGAACAUGUUUUUUUAAAAAAUAGAAUGAUCAAUGGCUCCCUAUUGCCACAAGAACAAAACAAAAACUUCAUAGCUUGACAUUUAAAACCCUUUGGUCUAGUUUUCCAGACUUAAUUCACAUUAUUCCUUUUCAUACAUGCAGUCUAGGCAAAUCCAGUUCCCUGAACUUGGUCCUAUGACCCCUAUGUCUUAGUCUGUCCCCCAUCUGUAGAAUAUACUCCCAUCUUCACCUCUGUGUCUUAGAACUCUUUAACUCUCUUCAAGGUCCAAAUCAACUGCCUCUUCCUUCAGGAAGCAUUUCCUAAUGCCUUAAUUCUGAUUUCCUGUUACUAUUCUCUACCAUUUUAAUGGAUGUUGUUUUUAUAUUUUGCUUUAAAUUUUGUAUCCACAUUUACACCAAUUAAUACAAUUUUUUUUACUGGAAA